GGUUUGUUUCCCUAUUUAUUAUGUUUAUGCAACCGAUUAUUCAGGCAUAGUGAGGCACAUAAGAGAGGACAAUACGAUUCACAUUCUCAGCUCGGUAACUUACCGAACAAUUUUAGAGGACAUCCCCGUCGUUUUACGCUUGACAAUGUCAGAGGGGAAGAUCACACGACCACGGGUUGAUUCACACUUCAAGGUCAAACUGGAUGACGCAGAGAACCGCAUCAGACGACUAGAGGAUGUUAAGGACUAUGAUGAUGGUGUCACUAAAGACACUCUGGCGGUAACAGCUAAGACGAAGCUUAGACUACCAACGGCUACUACUCCCAUCGUUCCAUCUCUUAGCUGGUCAAGUUCUUAUGAACUUCAUGGAAAGGUGGAAGAUUACCAGCAAUUUAGUAAGGAGGGGUAUAUUUACGGUCGCUAUGGCAACCAUUCCUGUGACAAUGCUGCCCAUGCAAUCAACAAACUUGAAGGAGGAAUAGGAGCUCUUGUUUUCUCAACUGGUAUGUCUGCUAUCACCACUACAGUCCUUGCUCUUAUCAAGACGGGAGAUCACGUGGUAGCACCCGAUCCAGUGUUUGGAGGAACCUAUAAAUUCUUUAGUUCCAUGCUGAAGGAUUUUGGUGUUGAAACAACCUUUGUACCGGCUGGGGACAUUGACGCUUACAAAAAUGCGAUAAAGUCGAACACAAAGCUCUUCUACGCUGAGACCCCUACCAAUCCUACGUUAAACCUGACCGAUCUAAAAGCGUUUGCAGAUGUUGCCAAGUCUGUUCCAGGGGCUAUCAGCAUGUGUGAUUCAACAUUCGCCACACCAUAUCUACAAGACACACUUGGUCUUGGUGUUGAUAUCUCAUUUCAAAGCUGUACGAAAUAUUUAGGAGGACAUGGAGAUUUGUUAGGAGGAUCAAUGUGCACAAAGGAUCCGGAAUUAUUUUUGUUUUUAUCAGAAUACCAGAAGCAAAUUGGUAAUACAAUGGGUCCUUUCACAGCGUCCAUCUUGCUUCGAGGGAUCCGAACCCUACCACUUAGAAUGGAGAAACAUUGUAGCAACGCUUUCAAGAUAGCACGAUAUUUAGAAACACAUCCUAAGGUUUCUCGUGUAAGAUAUCCCGGUCUUGAAUCAUAUCCCCAGCACGACGUAGCAAAAUCACAAAUGAAGAAAGGAUUUGGUGGUAUGGUCAACUUUGAGAUGAAAGGAGGUUUAGCCGCGGGGAAGAUCGUCAUGGAGAACAUCAAACUGAUUUUAAUGGCUACAUCAUUGGGAGGAACAGAAAGCUUAAUGGAGCAUCCUGCAUCGAUGACACACGGUCCUGAGGUCAUGUCAAAGGAGGAGAGGGAAGCAGGUGGUAUCUCAGAUGGAAUGAUUCGAUUCAGUGUUGGUGUGGAAGAUCCUGAUGACCUAAUAAGAGAUCUUGAACAAGCUUUGGCAAAGGCAUGAUGAUCCACAAAUCACCACAACCUUUUCGCUCCUGGCUGAAAAGUCACCGUUUCAUAAUACCCGAAUUAAACAAGCUAAAUACGAAAAAUUUCAUAAAAUAUCAUACAUCCUGAAUUUACUCUAUAUUUUCAGCCCAACUGCCAUAAAAUUAUCAGUGUUUCACUUGUUAAAAUUGACUUUAUUUGUAUAUAAUAUAGAACGGGCCUAGCUGUUUGAACACGAACGUUUCGAAAGGAAGCCUCUUACAUAAGACAUGUUUACACCUGGUUAAACAUGUGUAAAUCGAUUUUUUUUUGAUAUGGGGGGGGGAUUUUGUGACAUGAGAUACUUUGGCCUAUGCUGAAGACCUGUGACGUUGUUUGAGUUGUCAUACCUUCAGCAUACCUAAAUAGGAUUUUACAUUUUUGUUAAAAAAGCACUUCAACAGCAAUACAUUUAUCUUGUGCUUGUUUUUACUCCUCAUUACCUCAUAAAUGUUGACACAUUUUCAAGAUCGCCAAUAAAUCGCUGCAUGGUUAGUAAAUAAUUAUUGCGCAUGAGUCAUAUAGGGUUGUGUUUCAUGAACUGAAUUGUCGGACGUUUGAUUCGACAAGCCCUGUUUUAUACAACAGUUACCAUAGUAACAUUGCUUCUCAGCCAAUGUUUUGAAAAUAUACUUUACAGUGUAAAGUUGAUGAAAUCAGUCAAGUACAAAGUGAUGAUCAUGAUAAUAGUGAAUCUGAUCUACAAAAGAGUAAAUGUGAUCAGAUCAAAUACACAGUGAUGAUCGUGACAUGUAGUUGCGAAUUGAAUGUGAAUGUACCUAACAGUGUAAAGAUGAUGGAAUCAGUCAAUAUGAACCAAAGAGUGAUAACCAUGAAUAUGAGUUGCACAGGAAAGGUCUUGAUAAGGGUUUGAAGAUUAGCCAUAUAAAUUGCCGGAGCAUUAUAAACAUUUAAAAUAAGAUUUUUACUGACUAAAUCUAAAUUUGGCAAUCUUUGCAUAUCAGAAACCUGGCUGGCUGCAUAACCUCAUUAGUUAUGAUACUGUUAAAAAUGAUAAUUACGAUAUCACCCGAUGUACAGGUCUAAUAAACGCGGAGGGGCGUUUGUAUAUGCAAUAAUAUAUCUUUCAGCAUCAUCAGAUCCAACCUCAAUUAUGAAAGUUUAGAAGCAGUAUGGCUCGAACUGAAUACUAUUAGGCAAGAAAGUCAAUAUUUUAUAGAUACACUUUAACUUGUUUCUACUUAAAAAAAUAGGUGAUAUAUUUUUUUUUUCAUUCUGAAUCCAUAGGUCGGAGUCCGAUUGAUAAUCUCCCAAAAUCUUUGUGUGCUUAUAAGGCAUAAUCACAUCUUUCAUCACUCUCAUCUUAACUCGAACCAGUGACUAAAUGCAUGAGUUGAAUUUUUUGGUCUUGUUACAUUUCAUAUUUGUUGCAUAUAUUUUUCUUCCUGAAUUAAUUUCAUAUUUUGUUGCAUAUUAUAUUUUUCUUUUAAAAGAUAAAUAAUAAAUUCUGCAGUGGCGUGCCUGAUGAGGCACUGUCAUCACCAA